GCAGCAAGCACUCAAGCUCAACAAUCUGUUGAUCUUAAUAAAAUCAUCAGCUUCAUUUUCAAACGAGCACUUUCACCAAAUCGCUCCGAAGGUCUCGGUGGAUCGCCAUGGGAUCCUUUGAAUGUUGACCAAUUUUCGCUUUUCAUUCCUGACGUCCAAAUUGCACAAAAUGUUGAUGGAAAAUUCACAAAUGUUGAAGGCACCGGUCUGAGUAACUACGUCGUAAGUGAUGUCAAUGCCGACAUCUUCCGAGGAAGAGUGAGUUUCAGUGUUAAAUAUCCCGAAUUGACAAUCAGAGGUCAGCAACAAAUGAGUGGAUUGUACAGUGGAGCUCCAUUCACCACUUCCGGAGACUUCAAUAUUGUCGUGAGAGAUGUGGAAAUUCGGCCAUCAUUCCAAGUUGUUUUCUCCCCAAGACCACGAUUAAUUAUCAACAAUGAAGCAAUUUCAGUGGGAUCAGUUUCUGCAUCUUUCACCGGACUUGGACCUGCUUCAAUGGAACAACAAAUCAACGCUGUAAUCUCGGCUGGAGCUCCGCAAUUCAUUGCCGAAAAUCAAAGCUUCGUGAAUGCGCAAAUUAUUAGAUUCUUCUCUGAUUUUGUUAACAACCUCGUCUAGGAAGUCGCGAAAGCGAUCAACAGUGAAUACUGCAGAUAAACAGUAGCCCGUUGUAGCUGCCAAUCAUUUUGCUAUGUAAUUGAAAUUUAUUUGAAUAAAACUUUGGUGGUUUUUAUUUAGCAAAACUUAACUGUUUUCAUUUAAUUUAAUUUCUCUAUGCCAA